AUGGAAGAAAAAGCAAAGCUCAAGGAAACACUUAAAGCAUUGAUAAAGAAACGCACAGAUCCACGGGUAAAGAGCCAAAACGAGUUUCUCACGCACACAGAUAUGAUUGUCAAUACGCCAGAGCCAAACACAAAUGCAUUUGUCAAGAAGAAGCCAUGUGCAAAUUGUACAUGUGAACUGAGAAACCAAGAAGACACAAGGUCUGCAUGUGGAAACUGCCAUAAAGGUGAUGCUUUCAGAUGCAGCACAUGCCCAUCGCUCGGACUGCCUCCAUAUCAGCCAGGUGAAGUUGUUUCAUUCUCUGCAGAGCUAAACGACAUGGACUGA